CUAAAAUGCUAAAAGAAAGAGAGCUUGUUGGGCCCAGUGAUACUUGGGCCCUAAAAAUAGAGAGUGGGUCAAAUGUAAAAUAGAAUUGUUUUUUAUAAGAAAAAUAGUUAAAUUAAUACCCUAAUCUCUUCAUGAUUCUUGAAGCCGCCAUAUCAAAAAGUUCCUUUCACAAACAAACGAAGUCUGAAAAUUUGAGUUUAAAAUCACUCAAUCGAACUUGUCGGAAUCGAAUUUGCGCGAACGUAGGGGCGAUUUGUCUGAUUAGGGUUUCGUAAUCUGAGAUGGCUGAGGAGAAGAAGAAGAAAAAGAGUGACACUAGGGUCGAUUCUGGGGAAAUCGUUGAAGAAAUCGUUUCCAAGCACACUUCUAUUAAGAAUAAAGGGAAGAAGAAGAAGAAGAAGAAGGAAAACCGAGAGAAUAAGGAUGGUUUUGCUGGAGAAGAUGAUGAGAUUUCUGAGCGUGAAAGUGAGAAAUUGGGUGAGGAUGUUGUUAAGAAAAAAUCCAAGGAGCAAAUGGUUGUUUCUGAAGCUGAGGAUGGUGUGAAGACUAAAAUUAAGGAGACAAAGGUUGAUUCUGAAGCUGAGGAUGGUGUGAAAAAGAAGAAGAAGAAGAAGAGCAAGAAAGAAUCUGGGAGUGAUGUGAUAGGGAACAGUGAAAGCUCCAAAGUUUGUGAGAAAACGAGAAAGAGAAAGCGGGAUGGUUGUGAUUUGGUAGCUGAAGAAAACACAGACAAGGAGGUUAAGAGGAAGAGCAAGAAGAAGAAACAAAGUGUGGAUUCAGAGGUUAAAGAUAAGAACUUGAACUCUACAGAGGAUGGAGUUCAAGUUGAGGAUUCAGAGGUUGAGGAAAACAACAAGGACUCUGUGAAAGACGCAGAGAAUAAACAAAGUGAGGAUUCAGAGGCUGAAGAAAACGGCUUGAACUCUACAAAAGAUGCAAAGAAGAAAAGGAAGAAGAAGAAGAAGCAAAGUGAAGUCUCUGAGGCUGAAGAAAACAACAAUGACGGUAAAGAUGCAAAGAAGAAAAGGAAGAAGAAGCAAGAGUCUGUUCAGAGUGAUAAAGAUGUGACCACCCCAUCAAGUAAAAGCACAAAAAGGGUGAAAUUUUCUGCCCAAGUGGAAUUUUUUCCUAGUGAAGAUGAAGAAACGGAAGAUGAUGAAGAAGAAGUUACGGUGGUGAGGGGUAAACGGUAUACAAAAGAAGAAGAUGAGUUGGUAAAGAAUGCUGUAUUAGAAUACAUUGAUAACCAUGCUUUAGGAGAGGAGGGGAUAAAGAUGGUUAUGGAUUGCAAGUCACACCCACAACUUAAAGGCUGUUGGAAAGAAAUUGCAUCUGCUUUACCUUGGAGGGCAUAUAAUAGUGUGUAUAAUCGUGCACAUACGAUAUUUGAAGCAGGAUCCAAGGGGAUGUGGGCGAAAGAGGAUAUUGAACUCGUUAUGGAGUUUCAAAAGAAACACGGGAAUGAUUGGAGAACACUUGCAGAUGCAAUGGGUAAACACAGGAAGCAUGUGAAAGACGCUUGGAGGAGAGGAAGAUUGGCAGAGAAGAAGAAAGGACAUUGGAUGAGGGAGGAGUAUCAAAAACUCUUUGACCUUGUGAACAAAGACCUUAGAAUGAAAGCAUUCCAAGAGAAGCACUCAAAACAUGGUAUGCUCAAAGAUAACAUCCCUUGGAUGACCAUAAGCGACGUACUUGGAACACGGGACCACGUGACUUGCUGCAGUAAAUGGUAUGAGCAGUUGAUGUCACCAAUGGUAGCAAAGGGAAUGUGGGCUAACGUAGAUGACUACAGACUCUUGGAAGAGCUUUUGAAACUGGAUGCUGCUUGUAUCGACGAUGUGGAUUGGGAUAAUCUUUUGGAGAAUCGAGAUGGAGAAGCUUGUCGAAAACGGUGGAACCAGAUGAUCAUUCAUAUCGGCGUACCGAAAUCGAAAACAUUUGCAGAACAAGUUGAGAUUUUGUCUGAAAGGUAUUGCCCUGACAUAGCUGAGGACAGAGAGGAUUUUGACAACAGACCCUAUGAUCCUGAAGAUUAAGUUUGGAACGAUACAUUAGAUGUUUUUGAUACUUUUUUUUGUUUGAUAAAAUGUAUUGGUACUUUCUAAUGUUCUAUGUUCGCAGAUAGAAACUCUUGAGAAUGUAUUUGAUUACAGUGUGGUCAUCAGAGAAACAACUUAUUGAUAACACAGAGUCACAGACUACUAUUUUAAAUGCUAUAGAUGAGUCGGGAUCAUACAUGUCGGUAAAGACUGGUAGUUGGUUUUGUUUGGAGCUUUUGUUGCAGAGUUUAUCAGUGACAACAAUGACUUUAACGAGGUUGUAGAUACAGUCACCAAGAACGAUAGCAAUGGCAAUAAAGACUUGUAAAUUCG